AUGACUGUAAUCGAUCUUCUGACUAGAGUUGACUCGAUCUGUAAGAAGUACGACAAGUACGAUGUAGACAAACAACGGGAGGCUAAUGUCUCCGGUGAUGAUGCCUUUGCUCGUCUCUAUGGAGCUUUCGAGACCCAAAUCGAGACCGCUCUCGAGAAAGCUGAGCUAGUUACCAAGGAGAAGAAUAGGGCUUCUGCUGUUGCAAUGAACGCUGAGAUCCGCCGGACCAAGGCUCGAUUGUCUGAGGAAGUUCCCAAGUUGCAGAGAGUUGCUGUUAAGCGGGUUAAGGGCCUUACAACUGAAGAGCUUGCUGCGAGAAAUGAUUUGGUGCUUGCGCUUCCAGCCAGGAUUGAAGCCAUACCUGAUGGGACAGCGGGUGGUCCUAAAAAUACGAGUGCUUGGACUCCCUCAUCAGCAUCUCGUCCUGACAUCAAAUUUGAUUCAGAUGGGAAUUUCGAUGAUGAUUACUUUCAAGAAUCACAUGAAUCCAGCCAAUUCAGACAGGAGUAUGAGAUGCGGAAAAUGAAGCAGGAACAAGGUCUGGACAUGAUCUCCGAAGGUUUAGAUGCUUUGAAGAACAUGGCUUCUGAUAUGAACGAGGAACUGGAUAGGCAAGUUCCUCUGAUGGAUGAAAUCGACACAAAGGUGGACAGAGCAACCUCGGAUCUUAAGAACACCAAUGUUAGACUUAAGGAUACCGUGAACCAGUUGAGAUCAAGCCGGAACUUCUGUAUCGAUAUUGUUUUGUUGUGUAUUGUUCUUGGUAUCGCUGCAUACUUAUACAAUGUACUGAAGUAA